AUGCCACCUUUAGCGCCACCCAAAGCACGUCCCGGGAGCCUGGGUACCCCUCUCCGACUCCAGCAGCCUUGGGAGCGACUCGCCCUGGAGGCGCCUCCUUGCCAAGGCGCCCGCCCCUUCACGUGCCGGCGCCCGGGGGCUUCCGGGGGGCGUCCCCUCCUCUGCCUCCCGCGUCGUCCCAAGCUGCGGGCGCAGGCAAGGGAGUCGCCUUCCCCGCCAACCAGAGGCCAGCGCGCAGGCGGGCCUGGCCGCUCCCUCCCCCCCACCCCGACCGCUCGCAGGCUGAGGCCAAACCGCUGCCGGGCUGGUUGCCCCUCUGGCCGCUCCGAGCAGAGCCCCCCGCUGCUGCAUGCGCGCCCGGCCCUCCGGCUCGCCUCUCCGCGCCUCCCCUGCCCGGCCCGCCGCCACCUCCGCCGCCAGCCCAGACACACCGCCGAGGGGCCGCAGAGCCGAGGGGCGGCCGCCUGGCUCCGGCCGAGGGCGACCAUGAACAGCGCCAAAAGCGACCCGGAGCCCAGCCCGGCCGAGCCCAACCUGCAGGAGGAAGAGGUACGGACGCUGUUUGUCAGUGGCCUGCCUUUGGACAUCAAACCCCGGGAGCUGUAUUUGUUGUUCAGACCGUUCAAGGGAUAUGAAGGCUCUCUUAUUAAACUCACAUCUAAGCAGCCUGUGGGCUUUGUUAGUUUUGACAGUCGCUCAGAAGCGGAAGCUGCAAAAAACGCUUUGAAUGGAAUUCGCUUUGACCCAGAAAUCCCUCAGACGCUCCGGCUAGAGUUCGCUAAGGCCAACACGAAGAUGGCUAAGAGCAAAUUAGUGGGAACGCCAAAUCCAAGCACUCCAUCUGCCCCCAACACUGUACCUCAGUUCAUUACCAGGGACCCAUGGGGAGAACAGGUGAAGGAAAGGAUUGCUAAGUGUGCCCGAAUUGAGACUGACCCCGGGCUUCUGGGGGCCUAA